UACGUCACUCUCCGGUCCAACCCUCCCUUCUGUGCGUGUACGGCUCCUGCCCUAAACCCUCAGUCAUCAUGGCGUCCCUAUCGAUGGCCCCGGUUAGCAUCUUCAGACAUGGAGCUGAUGAAGAGAAAGCAGAGACUGCACGACUGUCGUCAUUCAUUGGCGCCAUCGCCAUCGGAGACCUGGUAAAGAGCACCCUGGGUCCAAAGGGGAUGGAUAAGAUCUUGCUGAGUGGAGGGAAGAACAGCUCAGUGACCGUCACCAACGACGGAGCAACGAUCCUGAAAGCCAUCGGAAUCGACAACCCUGCUGCCAAAGUUCUGGUUGACAUGUCAAAGGUUCAGGACGACGAAGUCGGCGACGGGACGACAUCCGUCACCGUGCUGGCGGCCGAGCUACUGAGGGAGGCGGAGCUUCUCAUCGCCAAGAAGAUCCACCCACAGACGAUCAUCUCUGGCUGGAGGCAGGCGACGCAGGCGGCCAGAGACGCUCUGAGGGAAGCUGCAGUCGAUAACAGCAACGACGACGCUCGUUUCCAGGAAGACCUGCUGAACAUCGCCCGCACCACGCUGUCCUCCAAACUGCUGACUCACCACAAAGACCACUUCUCCCACCUGGCCGUCAAAGCUGUCAUGAGGCUGAAGGGUUCCGGGAACCUGGAGGCCAUCCACGUCAUCAAGAAGCUGGGCGGCAGCCUCACCGACUCGUACCUGGACGAAGGUUUCCUGCUGGACAAGAAGAUCGGCGUGAACCAACCCAAGAGGCUGGAGAAUGUGAACAUCCUGAUCGCCAACACCGGAAUGGACACUGACAAGAUCAAGAUUUUCGGCUCCAGGGUUCGCGUCGACUCGAUGGCGAAGGUCGCGGAGAUUGAACUUGCGGAGAAAGAGAAGAUGAAGGAGAAGGUCGACCGGAUCCUCAAGCACGGGAUCAACUGCUUCAUCAACAGACAGUUGAUCUAUAAUUACCCAGAGCAGCUCUUCGCUCAGGCCGGCGUCAUGGCCAUCGAGCACGCUGACUUUGCCGGCGUGGAGCGCCUCGCGCUGGUCACUGGCGGAGAGAUCACCUCCACCUUCGACCACCCCGAGCUGGUGAAGCUCGGACACUGCAAACUGAUCGAGGAGGUGAUGAUCGGAGAGGACCUGCUCAUCCACUUCUCUGGAGUCGACAUGGGUGAGGCGUGCACCAUUGUCCUGCGUGGAGCGACUCAGCAGAUCGUGGACGAAGCGGAGCGCUCGCUACACGACGCCCUGUGCGUGUUGGCUCAGACUGUGAAGGAGCCUCGCACUGUCUACGGAGGAGGCUGCUCUGAGAUGCUGAUGGCGAAGGUGGUGACCGAUCUGGCCAACAAGACACCAGGGAAGGAGGCGGUCGCCAUGGAGUCGUUCGCCAAAGCUCUGAGGAUGCUGCCGACCAUCAUUGCCGACAACGCCGGCUACGACAGCGCCGACCUGGUGGCCCAGUUGAGAGCUGCACACCAGGAGAACAAGACCACGUCUGGACUGAACAUGUCUGAGGGCACUGUGGGCGACAUGGCCGAGAUGGGCAUCACCGAGUCGUUCCAGGUGAAGCGCCAGGUGCUGCUAAGUGCGUCCGAGGCCGCCGAGAUGAUCCUGAGGGUCGACGACAUCAUCAAAGCUGCGCCCAGGAAGAGAGUUCCGGACCAUCACCCCUGCUAGAGGAUGAAGAAGAAGAAGAGGGGGAGGAGCUUCAGUUUUGUUAUUUAUCACCUCUGUAGUUCAAAUUAAACAAACGCUCCGCUGGUUUAUUUUUGUGUUUUCUCCGUUGUCAAAACUCACUGUGGAAGCACUGAUGCUACAUCAAGCUCCCGGUGCCGCGAACGUUUGAGGCUUCUGCUCAAGCUAGCGGGACAAAUUGCUAACGGCGAUAAUGUGUAGGUCAGUACGGUUUGUGAUGCUAACGUUAGCAGGUGUCGUGUUAGCACAGGAAGUUGGGACUGUUUUUGUUUACUGAAAUAAAUGAACCAAUUGUCAUCA